CAGGAACAACACCGGCUCAACACGUCUUCGCAGCAGCAGCCAGAGUCCUGUGAGGGGUUGUGGAGAUGAGAAAGCGAGAUUUUGUGUCCCUGGUUGCUCUCAUUGUUAUCGCCCUGUUAAUAUGGAGACUCUCCAUCGAUUCACCCAACAUGCGUGAAAAAGCCAAGCGUAUCCAAGAUAUAUUUGGAAUUCCAUCAAUGGAAAAGACCAAAACUGCUGCACAGAAACCGACAGCCCCGUGCAGCCUCUCCAGGAGCUGUCCCCUGGACCACUUUGCUUUCCACAUCACAAGCGGAGCAGCUGAUGUUGUGGGGCCAAAGAUCUGUGUUGAGGGUAAAGUCAUCAUGAGUAGCGUCCUGAAUAACGUGGGCCCGGGGCUAAACAUGGCGCUUGUGAACGGUCAAAAUGGGACGGUCGAAAAGGUCGACUGCUUGAAUUAUAAAAAGCUGGAGGACAUCUUGGCUUACCUGAAGGCGAUCAAGCCGGGAACGAUCGUUUUGGUGGCGUCUUUUGACGAUGUGACAAAAAAGAUGACGGAUGAAAUGAAAGAGAUAUUUGUUGGGCUGGGGAGUGCUUCCAUCAUGUCCCUGCAGUACAGGGACAGCUGGGUCUUCGCUGGAGCUUCUGGGAUAGGCCAGAAGAGUCCCUUCGAGAAGCGAGCUGCCAAUGAAGAGGAAACCAACGUCUAUCAAGGUUGGCCGGAGUCAGUGGACGUGGGUGGCUGUUUUCCCAGGAAGUUUUAGCAGAUGGACGGUAAAGACAUCCAUGCUGAUCAGUGAGACACAUUUGUUUUGCAAGGCCACUUUCAGGGUUAACACGAGCUCUCUCAAAACCUUUCCAGUUGUUUGGAUUUAACACAAUUUCUGUAAAUACAUGAUCAGAAUAAACAACCAA